GGGAGCCGCUGCCCGUCGCGCCCAUUCAUCGCUGACGCCUUCCCCCGGCUUUCUCUCUUCCCCCGGCUCCGCCGGGCUGCCCGCCGCCGCCGCCAUGGAGGCGCUGAUCCCGGUGAUCAACAAGCUGCAAGACGUCUUCAACACGGUUGGGGCCGACAUCAUCCAGCUGCCGCAGAUCGUGGUGGUGGGCACUCAGAGCAGUGGAAAGAGUUCAGUGUUGGAAAGCCUUGUGGGGAGGGAUCUGCUCCCACGAGGUACCGGAGUUGUGACCCGAAGACCCCUCAUUCUGCAGCUGGUGCAUGUUUCCCCAGAGGAUGGUCGGAAAACAGCUGGAGAUGAAAAUGACCCUGCUACAUGGAAAAAUCCAAGACACCUUUCUAAAGAGAUAGAUGCUGAAGAGUGGGGUAAAUUUCUUCACACCAAAAAUAAGAUCUAUACAGAUUUUGAUGAAAUUCGUCAGGAAAUAGAAAAUGAAACAGAAAGAAUUUCAGGAAAUAACAAGGGUAUCAGUCCUGAACCAAUUCAUCUUAAGAUUUUUUCGUCUAAUGUUGUGAAUCUGACUCUUGUGGAUUUACCAGGAAUGACAAAGGUGCCUGUUGGUGAUCAGCCCAAAGAUAUUGAACUUCAAAUAAGAGAACUAAUCCUUCAAUUCAUCAGCAACCCAAAUUCAAUUAUUCUGGCAGUCACAGCAGCAAACACAGACAUGGCCACUUCAGAAGCACUUAAAAUUGCACGGGAAGUGGAUCCAGAUGGUCGAAGAACCCUUGCUGUUAUCACAAAGCUGGAUCUCAUGGAUGCGGGCACUGAUGCUAUGGAUGUGCUCAUGGGCAGAGUGAUUCCGGUAAAACUUGGCAUCAUUGGAGUAGUGAACAGGAGUCAGCUGGAUAUUAACAAUAAGAAGAGUGUAGCCGAUUCUAUUCGUGAUGAAUAUGGUUUUCUUCAAAAGAAGUAUCCCUCCCUAGCCAAUCGAAAUGGAACUAAGUAUCUUGCUAGAACACUGAACAGACUACUCAUGCAUCAUAUCAGGGACUGCUUGCCAGAACUGAAAACCAGAAUCAAUGUUUUAGCUGCUCAGUACCAGUCUCUGCUUAACAGCUAUGGGGAACCUGUUGAGGACAAAAGUGCCACUUUAUUGCAACUUAUUACCAAAUUUGCUACAGAAUAUUGCAAUACUAUUGAAGGAACAGCAAAAUACAUAGAGACUUCUGAGCUAUGUGGUGGAGCCAGAAUCUGUUACAUCUUUCAUGAGACCUUUGGACGAACCUUAGAAUCUGUUGACCCUCUAGGUGGCCUUAACACAAUUGAUAUCCUGACUGCCAUUAGAAAUGCUACUGGUCCCCGUCCUGCCUUGUUUGUUCCUGAAGUUUCAUUUGAAUUGCUGGUUAAAAGGCAAAUCAAACGUUUAGAAGAGCCCAGCCUUCGCUGUGUGGAGCUGGUUCAUGAAGAAAUGCAAAGAAUUAUACAACAUUGUAGUAAUUACAGUACACAGGAGUUGCUGAGGUUUCCCAAGUUACACGAUGCCAUAGUUGAAGUUGUAACCUGUCUUCUGCGUAGAAGGCUUCCUGUCACAAAUGAAAUGGUUCACAAUUUAGUGGCUAUUGAGUUAGCCUAUAUCAAUACCAAACAUCCAGAUUUUGCUGAUGCCUGUGGGUUAAUGAAUAACAACAUAGAGGACGUUGAACGUUUUGAAGAAACAGAGCAUGAACAGCGGCGUAACAGGUUAGCACGGGAAUUGCCUUCUUCUGUGCCACGAGACAAGGCUGCUGCUGGAGCAGGAGAUGUAUCUCAGGAGUCUGGAACGGGCAACUGGAGAGGAAUGCUGAAAACCUCAAAAGCAGAGGAGGGAUCAGCAGAGGAAAAACCAAAACCUGCUGCAGCUCUUCCUGCUAGUCCUCAAAAAGGACAUGCUGUAAACCUAUUAGAUGUGCCUGUACCUGUUGCACGCAAACUUUCUGCCCGUGAGCAGCGAGAUUGUGAAGUGAUUGAACGACUCAUUAAAUCUUAUUUCCUUAUUGUCAGAAAGAAUAUUCAGGACAGUGUGCCAAAGGCAGUGAUGCAUUUUCUGGUGAACCACGUGAAAGACACUCUUCAGAGUGAGCUGGUGGGCCAGCUGUACAAAUCCUUGCUGUUGGAUGACCUUCUGACGGAAUCCGAAGACAUGGCGCAGCGCAGAAAAGAGGCAGCUGACAUGCUGAAGGCCUUGCAGCGAGCCAGUCAAAUCAUUGCAGAGAUUCGGGAGACACAUCUUUGGUGAAGACGGUACCAGCCACACUAUUUAUAUGCGUUGGAGGUUACGCUGACUUCAGAAUUGCUAGGCAUGGUAUACGGAGUAGAAUUUUUAUUUAUGAACUCUUAUCUGUGUACUGCAACUGUGUAAAUCUGCUCAUGUAAAGACAGUUGGUUUGAUUUGCAAACAGAAAAAUAUGCUGUAUUUUGCAAAAUGUCGUAUUUAAUCCACAUAAUAAAUGGCUCUAAAUGUUUCCUUACCAGCUUUCUGGUGCAAAUUAAAGCAGACCAAGUCUACUGUCUCAGUGACAGGCUCAUUUGAACUUGGGGAAAAACACUGAAGUUCCAGUGCCUGACUUGCUAAACAGGUUGCCUGUGGUUAAGAUGGACAGUGUAGUCUUGUGGCAUAGUUUUAAGCUGCUUUUACAAUAGAAGUUUAAAUACUGUGAAGAGAAGAGAGCACCAAGUAUUUUCUUUCAUGACUAUAUUGCAUGCACUAUGACAGAUGGAGGUGUCAAUUUUAUAGCACAGUAGAGAUGUCUACCGUAUUGCUACGUGUGUGUCCCCAUUUCUUUCCGAUUGUUAAAAACUGCAGACAAAAUUCUGAACUUCAUUUAAUGGAGGAGUAUCAUGUAGGAUGAAUCAGCCUGGAGCUUGCAAACAAGUAACGGCCUACUGACAAGUGGGUGCCAAGUUGUUGAUGUGCACUGGAGCUUGCAUAAAAAUGCUGGGGGUUACAAUCAGGUACAAGAACACCUUCCCCUUUCUUCCCCUUGGGACCAAGCCCCUGGACCAUCCAAUAGUAAAUUUGUUCUGGCACAACUGAAAAAAAAAAAUAAAAAUAAAAAUAAAAAUUGAUUUCAAAACUGUUAUGGGACAACAAGUGUUUUUUUCAAAAACAGAUAAAGUUGGCCAGGGAGAAGGGGAUCCCCACAACAUAGUACCAAACUUUGGAAGAUAGGACAGUAUGAAAGAAAGCCUGUGAGAUUGGAAUAUUUAUACUAGAGAUCACAGUUACUUGUAAGGAAAAUUGUACUGUUAGUAGUUUUUUUUUUUUUUUUCUUUUUUUUUUUUUAAGGACAAUCACAUUAGGAAACCUUAAGUUGGUAGUUGAGUUACUUUCUUCUGAUUGUAAUUCAUGCAGUCAAACACUGUUCACGCUAACCUUUAAAGGAUAAGCAUUUUAAUUUUUAUGAAUAAAAAAAUUAUUUAAAUUCCAGCCAGCACACUUGCAUGUACUUUUCAAACAGAUCUACUUUUCUGUAUACAGUAAAAAAUGUGUACUGUGGUUGCUGAUAUUUUAUCUUUAACAUGACUUGCAUUUGAAAAAUGAGAGACAGCUGUUAACAGCCAUGGUCUUUUAGGAUGUUGGGCCAGUAUCGUGAGGCUUUUAUUCCUCUACUCAGUUCCUCUCUCAUUUCAUCAAUUAACAGAAACUGAAUUCCUGCUGUAAGCUGCUAAAAAUUAAAAAUUAAAAAACUGUUAAGGUCUCAGUUUCUGACAAGAUCUGUUUUAAAAAUUUAUUCUUUCACAUAAUAAUUUUGAGUUUGGCACCACUAUAAACACAAGGAGUUAAGUCUCACGUGCAAUUCUUGUUAUUUUAUGUGUUAUCUGAAGUAGUUCACGCAGGACAUAGAAAUGUAAUCUGUAUUUUUAAACAGCUUAAAAAGUCACAAUGUUUGUUACGUAUAAUGAAUAUGAAGGAAGUAAUUGUAACUUAUCACUUCUUAUUCAGGGAUGGUAGUUCUCAGAUGUAAGAAAUGCAAGUGUAAUGAAGUGCAAGCCACUUCUCAAGUGAAUUUUAGCCAACAGUGAAAGCUUUUAAGAAUUUGGUCAAAAGCAUUACAUUUGUAGUUGGAAUUCCCCUGGCAUCUCCUUCCCUUGUACUUUUGGCAUCUAAGAAAUGUUUUCAACAAAACAGAACUGUCCCUGAGUGAACCUAUGUUUUAACUCCCAAAUGUCAAUCAGCAGUCUGUUGUCAAGGGAUAUUCUGAAUUACAAAGUUUUCAAGUGCUACAUAAAGCAGAUGAGUUCUAUUUAUUUAAGAAUGUCUUGCAAGUGAUAACUGGCUCUGUAAUGUCAUGUGAAGUCUCCAAAGUGUUUAUCUGUGGCUUUUUUUUUUUUUUUUGAAAUGUUAAUUUUUUAAAUUUUUUUUGCUUUAUAAACAUUUUUAAUUUGGUAAUGUUUGAGUGCCAAGAAAUGAACUUGUCAACCUCAGCGCGAAUCUUGAAAAAUCCAUGCUGUACCAGCCCUGUUAUUAAAUAAACAGAUACUAUACAAAAUGAAUGAUCCCAGAAAUAAAGUUUUGAACUCACUUCUAGUUCAGGUGCCAGGACUGUAUACCCUUACAGGUUUGGGGGAUAGCUAAGAAUGCUUUUACAGCCUUAAGUUUGCAGUUGCCCUCCUGCAAUUCAUCAUCUUUAUUUCUUAUAACAGUUGCUGCAGUUAUGUAAGUAAUAGGGUUGAUAGGCAACUGGUGGCCAUUAAUUGUUUUAUGGAUUGUCUGAAACAGAACUAAGUGCUAUUGUUGCUGCCACCCUUAGAAGAAAUACUGGGCAGCUGGUGAGAAGUCUCACUAGGUUAGAUGAUGCAUCUCUUACAGUCAACCUCACUUAAUUUAAACCUGAAAUAUUUCUGUCAUCAACUAUCAACUUU